GUUGACCGGGAGGCAGCUGCUCGGUGACAGCCCGGAGUGAACCGCUACCGUUACACGGUGUCCCGGGGAACCGACGCCAACACCGGAGUAGCCGUUACCGUUUAACGGGAGGUCCGCUCUGCCGCUCCCAGGACAUCGGGUGACGUCAUCGGCAGCGGUGUCGCGCUUCGAGCAGAAGAAGAAGAAGCGGCUCGUUAGCCGAGAUGCUGCGUGGCUAGCGAGCAGCUAGCUCGGUAGCUCCGUGUUUGUGGCCGCGGGCCGCAGCGACCCGGCGCGGGGCGACGUGGCGCGGGGAUGGGCGACGUGGACCCGUCGACACCCCGGGCGUUCCCGUCGGAGGGCUUCAGGAGGAGGACCGUGGAGGACUUCAACCAGUUCUGCACCUUCGUGUUGGCGUACGCCGGCUACACCCCGCUCCCCCAGCAGGGCUCUCCGCUGCGCAGUAGUUCCAGUCCUCCCAACAGUACCGGCAGCACAGCUGACAGUGACGGCUGGACCCCCGGGCCGCCGCCCUCCGGCCCCCAGCGCCCCCCCCCGGCCCCCCAGCCCGGAGCGCCGCCGCCCGGUCGCAGCCGGAAGGACCACGCCGUCCCCACGCUGCACCCGGACGACCGCCGAAGAGCUGACAAGCUGAAGAGGAGGAGGAGGAGGAGGAGGCAGGAGCGGGAGGCAGGUGGGCUUCAGCCGGCCCCGGAGCUGCAGUACCCCCCCGUCUCCACUGGCGGCCGGACGAUCAAGGAAGAGCCCGAGGAUCAUGUCAGCAUUCCUCUGCGCCCCCAGAACCGGCCCGGCCCCGCCCCCUGCAAGGAGGAGCCCGAGAAUGAGCGUCAGAACCGGGGCGGUCCAGACGCGGAGAACCACCCCGGGAACCGGACGGUGUUCCGCCAGGGGAAGCAGGUGGUGUUCCGGGACGAGGACGGCUCGGCGGAGGACGAGGACAUCAUGGUGGACUCGGACGACGACUCGUGGGACCUGGUGACGUGUUUCUGCAGGAAGCCGUUCGCCGGCCGCGCCAUGAUCGAGUGCCACCGCUGCAGCACCUGGGUCCACCUGUCCUGCGCCAAGAUCCGCAAGAGCCACGUCCCCGAGUCCUACGCCUGCCAGGGCUGCCGGGGCGGGGCGCCGCGCGCACGCCGCUCGCACCGCUCACGGGUCGGCCCGCGCAAGCACCUGCUGGACUGACCCCUGACCCUGACCCCUGGACCCUGGACCCUUCCUCAAAUUCAGGUCUUGGUCUUCAGGCUCCGCCUGAACUCUCUCAUAGACUCCGUGGGGGACCGGCCCCCCGCUCGUGUUCCCGGGGGUCAUCUUAGGUUCACUCCGGUUGGUUCCUGCUUCCUCAGACUGCGUAAGCCAAUCAGUGACGACAUCGGUCUGUAAGCCAAUCAGUGACGACGUCGGUCUGUAAGCCAAUCAGUGACGAGCCUCGACGUCCUCUCUACUCAACACUGGAAACAUUUGAACUGCCAUAAAGAGAGAAGUCCCACCAAGGUGCAUGCUGGGACUUGUGGAAAAGACAGUUUGCACUUUCCUCACUAAUUAUUGUUAUUGUUACUUCUUUAAGAGCCCAUAUGACUUCUAUCCUAGGACAAGUUUGUCUUCCUGAUAACUAAACGUCUGUUGGAGAACCUGAUGAGACCUGAGGCUGCAGCGCGUCGACGUGAUGAAGCCAGAGGCCAGAGGCCAGAGGCCAGAGGCCAGAGGCCAGAGGCCAGAGGCCAGAGGCCAGAGGCCAGAGGCCAGAAGCCAGAACAACUGAACUAGCGCUCGUCCCUCUUUCUGCCACAGAAGCUUUUCAGAUGGUUGAAAGUUCUUAUUCAACAACGUGUGUGGCCAUAAGGGGGGCGGGGCCAUAAGGGGGGCGGGUCCAGACUUUAGACCUGAACCGGACCUCAGGAUGUGAAUCAUGUUCUGACCCAGAGACGCUCCUUCAGGCUCGUGUGUCGUCGUGUUCUGGGUCUUGAGGACUUUGUGUAUUUAAUGUUGGCUCGUUGUGAUGCAGCUGGGGUUCUCCUGGGUUCUCCUGGGUUCUCCUCCUGGAGAGCGUCUGUGGUGCAAACUGUUUCUGUGAAACUUGUAAAUAAAGAGUUUCCCUUUUA